GGCGGGCACGAGGUGCUCCUCCAGAGUCUGUCGCGUGUAACCCUGAAAUCCUUGGAUAUCACCAUGCUGGCUGCAGAUAUGGGUAUUCAAGAGAUACCAACGGCUCAUCCAGAUGCUUGUCGAUUCCUGCCCCAACAACUUGGACAACAGAAGCAUGAUUUGGUCAUCUGCGAUGGCCAAGUCCUUAGAACACAUCAACGGCAGGCAUACCGGGACCGACGAGAAGCACGCCGACUCACUGUUACCCAAUUGGCGCUUGGUCUCGAGCAUCUCCGAGAAGGGGGCAACAUGAUAGUGCUCUUGCACAGAAUUGAGCAGUGGGAAAGCUUCUACCUCUUGUACACAUUCGAUCAAUUCUCCACUGUGAAGGUUUUCAAGCCGCGCACGGCACACACGAAGAGAUCGUCGUUCUAUCUUGUCGCGUCCGAUGUACAGAGCAAAGAUCACAGGGCACUUUCGGCGGUUACUCGAUGGAAAACAAUUUGGAGAGUCGCAACGUUUGGGACAGAUGAGGAGUAUGCACAAUCAUUGCGACUAGGAAAUGUGGACGUGGCCACGACAAUUUGUGAGUUUGGAGAGACUUUGGCAACCCUUGGAGAGGAAAUUUGGGACAUUCAAGCGCACGCGUUGGAAAGAGCACCUUUCAACAGGGGAGUGCAUACAGAGAGACGGGUGAACAAGGGAGCUGUUGUUAUGUAG